CAGCAUUCGUAUCUAUGUUAUCACCUCUUUUUCCUUCCCCUGUGUGAAACACUCUGGGACAGAAGGCUCCUGCGGUGCUAUUAAUCGCUGUUGCUCUGAAGGAUAAGCCCCGUUUGUGUGUGGGAUUAGAGAGAGGAGUGUGUGGUGUGUGGCUUGUGUCAGAGUGGAUCAUCGCUCUCAUGGAUUGUCUUGACGGGGCCCCCGGGAAAUUCAGGAACUUCAGGAGGGAUGACUUUGAGGCUGACUGGAUUAAGGUUGCAGAAUGCAGAUUUGGCCAGGUGUACCAAGUCAAGCUCAAGCUCUGGCGGGAAAAAUGUGCCCUGAAAAGCUUUGACACAAGCCAGGUGGCAAACAGCUUUUACAGCAGAAUGAUAGAUGAGGCAUCCAUGAUAGCCAAAGUGAAAUUCAAGUACAUCAUUUCCAUCUAUGGACUGUGCAGUGAGGCGACUGCCAUGGUGAUGGAGUACAUGAGUAAUGGAUCGCUGGACAAUCUCCUGGCCAGUCACACUUUGAUGUGGCCCAAGAAGUUCCAGAUGAUUCAUGAGGCCACCAUGGGCAUGAAUUACCUCCACAGCAUGAAACCUCCCCUCCUCCAUCUGAACCUCAAGACGUCUAACAUCCUACUAGAUGAUCACCUUCAUGUCAAAAUUUCAGAUUUCGGUUUAAUCAAAUGGGAGGAGGGUUUAAACAAGAGUAAGUUCAUGGAGCAGCUGACAGCAAGAGGGAACAUAAGUUACAUUCCUCCAGAAACUUUCACCCAGUCCACUGAGCCUCCAGGAACCACAUUUGAUGUUUACAGCUUUGCAAUUGUGAUGUGGGAGAUUCUGACACAGCAGAAGCCUUACCCAGGGAGCAGCGUGACCACUGUGCUGAUACAGGUGUCGUCCGGCAAGCGGCCGAGCGCAGAGAUGAUACCCGAACACAGGCCGCAUGAGUGUGACCAGAUGAUCUGCAUCAUGAAGCAAUGCUGGGACCAGGAUCACAGGAGGAGGCCGCAGUUUUCAGACACUGUGAGGAAAACUGAGGGUCUGAGUGAAGUGCUGAAGAUCCCAGGAACUGAGCAGCCUCAGAGAAAUGAAGACCAGAAACAGAAACCAGAUUAUCCCUGGCUGGUUUCUCCGACACAGAAAAUUGCUUUGCCAGAGAUGCGUGACCUUCCCUCAGAUGGCCAGAAUGACAGGGAUGGCAUUCUCUCUCUCCUGUCAAAGAAAGACUUUAACAGUUUCAGACAGUCAGUAAAAAGAGAACAUGUAUUUGAAGUCUAUUCAGAUAAAAAUAGUCUCCUCCACUACACUGUGGCCAGCGGGGACACAGAGAGUGUCCAGCGUGUCCUGAAUCUGGGUGCUGAGGUCAACUGUCCUAGUGCCAGAGGUUACACUCCUCUCAUUGUUGCUGCUCUGCACAGGUUUCAUGACAUCAUUUCUUUGUUGCUGGAGGAAGGGGCAGCUGCCACUCAGGGAGAUGAAGACCAAUGGACACCGCUCCAUUUUGCCGCUCAGAAUGGCGACGACAGGACUGUCCGACUCCUGCUGGACAAAGGAGCGGCGGCAGAUCCGAAGGAGAAAGUUGGUUGGACACCCCUCCAUCUAGCCUGCCAGAAUGGCCAUGAGACAGUGGCUCGACUGCUGCUGUCACGGCUGUCACAGGAAGAAGUUAAGGAACGGGAGGACAUGCAGGGGAGGACGCCCCUGCACCUGGCCGGUGCCUACGGGCAUCUCAGCAUCGUCAAGCUCCUGCUCACUCAGGGAGCAGAUCUCAAUGCUACCGACUGCUCUCUGUCCACUGCCCUGCACUUAUCGGCUGAAGAAGGCCAUUACAGAGUAGUCAGGGAGCUGGUGAAGAGUGGGGCACAUAUUGACAGUGCGGACAGCAGGGGCUACACUCCACUACACCUGGCUGCUCUCAAGGGCCACACAGGCAUCUGCAGGCAACUGCUGUCAGUGGGGGGCAGCGCAGAUCCCAGAACCCACCAAGGCUGGACACCAAUACACCUGGCUGCCCUAAGGGGCCACGAGGCCACCGUGCUCCAGCUGGAGAGUCUGGGUGGCAGUGUGAAUGCUAGAGGAGAGAGAGGAUGGACUCCCCUCCACCUAGCCUGUCACCAGAGCCAGCAGGAAGCGGUAGCUAAGCUGCUGGCAGCCAAAGCUGACCCAAACGUGUCAGAGGACAGCGAGGGCUGGACUCCACUGCAUCUAGCGUGUAAUAGCGUCAGUUUCCCAAGUGUCCUCCAGCUGAUCUCACAUCACGCAGAUGUCAAUGCCCGUAACUGGGGCAAGGCCACCCCUUUACACCUGUCUGCCCAGCAUGGCUGUGCCCCAAUUGUAAAGGCCCUGCUCCUGAACGGGGCAGAUGGGAGCCUGCUGGACGCAUCCGGAUCCACAGCUCUGGAUGUGGCCAAGAGGUGUCAAAGAGAGGAAGUGGUGCAACUACUGGAGAAGGAGUGCAAACCAUGACUCUAUCACUAAAGACAGCUUUAUGAAAUAUUAACAUUAGAGCAGAAACAACAACAAUAAACAGACCUCUCAUGCUAUCUUGUUUUGUGAUGAUUAGGCCUAGAUUUUAUAAAGUAAUUACAAAAUCAUUCAUAAAAUUGUUCAUAAAAUUAGGAGAACUAGUAGUAGUAGUAUUGUACUCACCACUGAAAUACGUUUUUGGACAAUAUUAUUAUUGUAUUAUAUGCUCCACUGCGUAUGCUUGAACAGAUCCUUGAGUAAAUCAUAUUUUACACCAAG